AUGGUUGCAAGUAGCUUGAUCAACAUCUGGGGUUACUACAUCCAUCCAAUCCAGGGCAACAAGGGGGCAGAGUUCGGGUUCCUGCCUGGCAAGGCACGUAAACCGUUAUGUUCUAGCAGCAGGAAAAGGGCAUUUCUAGUCGGGCCCACCUCUAAACCAGGGAAAAGGAGACAAUUCUGCUUUGUUCUGCUAACGGUCCCUCUGCCCUUCUUCCUCAGGAGGUUGCCCUACUGCGGGUCCCACGUCAUCUCCCAUUGCUACUGCGAACACAUGGCCAUGGUGAAGCUGGCCUGUGCCGACACCAGGGUCAAUAAUGUCUAUGGGAUCAUCGUAACUGUCUUCAUCGUGGGGCUGGAUCUGAUGUUCAUCUCCCUAUUGUAUGUCAACAUCCUAAGGGCUGUCUUAAGCCUGGCAUCCAAGGAAGAGCAGCUCAAGGGUUUCGGCACCUGUGGCUCCCACCUUUGCGCCAUCUUAGUAUUCUACAUCCCUGUGGUCCUCUCCUCAACAAUACACAGGUUCGGGCACCACGUCGCCCCACACGUGCACAUCCUGCUGGCCAAUUUCCUCCUCCUCUUUCCUCCCAUGAUGAACCCCAUCGUGUACGGUGUGAAAACCAAACAGAUUCGUGACCGGGUGCUUCUCCUGUUCCGAGGGAAAAGCUUCUAG